AUCAAUUUAUUGACCUGGCUAACAGUUAACAUCAGUCAGCUGCCCGUUGCGGCACAUUACAGGGAGAGACAGUCGAUGCAGGCCUGAAAGUUAUUGAAUAAUAAUGUACAAUUUAACAACUGCUGUUUGGUUUUGGGGACGGACGCCGAAUUUAAGUGUCCCUGCUCACAGUUUGGAUGUGGUUUUUGGUUACGGGGUGUGUGCCGAGGAGUCAGGCACCACACGGAGCUACAGUUGGCGUCGGCUCGUGUCGGAGCUAAGCUAACGACUCUUACCUGGCACCGUGGCUUGCUAACGCUUGAAAGCGGCCAAACACCGGCGACCUGAGCCUUCCUACCCGAGCAAAGGGAGGUGCUCGCUGCCUAAAAUUGGAGCCGGCUGCCUGAGCGAGGACCGAGAAACUGAUGAGGACUUGCUAAUGGAAAUGGAUAAUAAUGGCCUAGAGGCCUCUUGCUGUGAUACAAGAUGGUCGGAGCAACUGUCAGGCCUUCCUCACAAACUCCUGCAGCGCCUGAUGCCUUUCCAAAGGGAGGGAGUGGAGUUUGCUUUAUCUAGGAACGGACGAUGUAUGAUUGCUGAUGAGAUGGGUCUUGGGAAGACGGUGCAGGCCAUCGCGGCGGCGUACGCCUUCAGGCAGGAGUGGCCCCUCCUGGUGGUGGUGCCCUCGUCCCUCAAGUAUCCCUGGAUCGAGGAGCUGGAGAGGUGGAUCCCCGAGCUGCAGCCUGGAGACAUCAGUUUGGUGGAGAACAAGAGCCACACCAUGGGGAUCAGCAGCAGUAAAGUGACAGUCCUGGGCUAUGGCCUACUCACCACAGAUGCACGCCACCUGGUGGAGGCACUGAGCAGGCAGCAGUUUGCCGUGGUGGUGGUGGACGAGUCGCAUUACCUCAAAUCCAGGAACGCGGCGCGGACGAAGAUUCUCGUUCCUCUCAUUCAGAGCGCCAAGCGCGCCGUCCUGCUCACCGGUACCCCUGCUCUGGGCCGACCCGAGGAGCUUUUCAUGCAAAUUGAUGCCCUCUAUCCCAAGAGGUUUGGAACCUGGACUGACUAUGCCAAAAAAUACUGCAAUGCCCAUUACAGGUAUUUUGGGCCUCGGAGGCAGUGGGACUGUCGCGGGGCGUCCAAUUUGGAGGAGCUGCACCAGCGGUUGAGCCAGAUCAUGAUCCGUCGCCUCAAAGCUGAUGUGCUCACUCAGCUGCCCCCCAAAAUCCGCCAACGCAUCCCCUUUGACCUGCCCAAGGAGGCUGCAAAGGAGGCCUCGGCCAGCUUUGCAGAGUGGGAGAGGCUGAUGAAGAGACUGGGCUCGGGGGUCGCUACAACGGACAACCCCUUCACUGAGGUCAUGGGCCUGGUCACACAGAUGUACAAGCAAACAGCUAUUGCCAAGGCGGGAGCUGUGAAGGACUACAUUAAGAUGAUGCUGGAGGCAGAGCAGCUGAAGUUCCUGGUGUUUGCCCACCACCUCACCAUGCUGCAGGCCUGCACCGAGGCCGUCAUCGAGGCCAAGGCCGGUUAUAUCCGGAUUGACGGCAGCGUGCCGUCAUCAGAGCGAAUUCAGCUGGUCCACAAAUUCCAGAGUGACCCGGAAACCCGAGUGGCCAUCCUUAGCAUCCAGGCGGCCGGACAGGGUUUGACCUUCACCGCUGCCAGCCACGUGGUGUUUGCCGAGCUCUACUGGAACCCGGGUCACAUCAAGCAGGCUGAAGAUCGCGCUCACCGCAUCGGGCAGACGUCCUCCGUCAAUGUGCACUAUCUCAUUGCUAAGGGCACCUUUGACACCGUCAUGUGGUCCAUGCUCAACAGGAAGGAAACUGUGACUGGCAGUACUCUAAAUGGAAGGAAGGAAUACCUGAAGGCCGAUGAGGGCGACAAGGACAAGUGGGAAUUCCUCAACUUUGCCGAUGCGUGGACCCCAAGUGAGAUGGUGCUGCCGCUGGAGGGAAGCGCGGAAAAUGCCCAAAAUGACGUCUUCUUUACUUAUUUUGAGAAAGAAAAGCAGCACGACAUCCGUUCCUUCUUCUCCCCGCACGCUGGCAAGACGAAGAGGAAGAGAACAGAAGAUGAAGAAAGUCCCUCAAUCUCCUCAGAGACGGCUGCCAUGCCAGCUGGCAGCGGAGCAUACUUAGAAAACAGCGAGGAGAGGAAAGAGAAGUCGUGCUCCCAAACCUCCAGCUCGCCCGACCAGGAUUUCUCCCCACAGCUGAAAAGGCUGCGGACACCGCAGCCCAGCCCGAGCCCCAGGUCUCGAUUUGGGGGGAAGCGGAGGUCGACGGCGGGGGGGAUCAGCUCAAGCAGCUCUGGCAGCAUGAUCUCCUUGGCGGCUCAGCUGUCUGAGCCUGAUGCUGCAUCGAUGUGGAGCUGCGGGGCCUGCACCUACUCCAACAGCAGCCUGUUGCCUUACUGCGAGAUGUGCGAGUUCCCGCGCUCUUCCUCCGCUGUCAGCUCAGAGCCACCCAGGCCUCGGCUACCCCCUGCGACCGAGAGGGACCAGGCUUGCAUCGUCCUCUCCAGCUCCGACAGCGAGCCGGAGCUCAGCUGGGGAAAAACCCGGCCUCAGAAAUCACGCAAAGGCAAACAGAGCGAGGAGGGGGAGAUGGAGGAGAAGGAGGAUGAGCCUCCGAAAGACAAACAGAAACUGGGAGAAGCAGAGGAAGAGGACAAGCGGUGGCUCAAAGGCAAACAGUCAGUAGGAGAGAGAGGCGACAACGUCGCUGGCGGUGGCGACUGCCUCCCCCCUGACCACACACAGGACUGCGGAGCUGUGCCGUGUUUGUCUUCUGCUGCUGAUGCUAAUGAUGAUGAUGAGGGCAAUGGUGGCGAAGACGCCAACAACGCCCAUCCCUUCUACCCAGGCCUGCAGUUCUGCGCCAGCCAGUACACAGACCGAAUAUAUCUUUACUCCAAGGACGGAGCUCCGCUGAACUUGAGUUUCAUCCCAUUGGACAUCAAACUAACCAACUGGGAUGACCUGCCCGAGGCCUUCAGCCGGCACCGGGAAAAUCAAAUACAGGUGCUGAGGUUUGUUCAGGAGUGGAGCAGUCUGCCAGCCAUGAAGCAGAAACUGCUUCGACGCAGCGGUCUUCUCUUCCACAGCCCGACCCUGGGCUUGCAGCAGCUGUCCGCCGCCCAGCGCCCUCAGUCGAGCACCAAGAGGUUCCUCAGUCGUGACGAGGUGGCUGAGGCCUCCCUGAGCAAGGCCCGGGAGGAGGGAGGCAGCGUCCGACUGGUCACAAAGGAAAACUUCUUCACGAAGAGGAAGCCCGGCUCUUCGCUAACAUCACCUGCUACAAAGAGUGGGCAGGACGGUCAGUCCUGUAGGACAGUGGAUGCACAGCCAUCAGAGUGCAGCUACCUGCAGGCUGUGGACAGUCAGGGUGUCCCCCUGUGUCUCUCCUGCCACCAGCCCUGCUCAACCACCGGUGGAGCGUGGGAUACUCGAUUCUGCAGCCACAGGUGUCAGGAGGAGUUCCAGUUGCGCUCCAGCCAGACGUACAUGCGGUCCCAAGUGUUGGAGGCCGAGCACGGCAUCUGUCAGCACUGUGGCCUCCACGCCCACGAUCUGUUCAUUAAGGUCCGUGAUGCCCCACCCUCCCAGCGAAAGGAGAUGCUGGAGAACACUUGGCUCACCCAGCUGUCACUCAAACAGCUGAACGAGAUGAUACGAGCGCCGGUCGAAGGGGAUUUCUGGCAGGUCGACCAUAUCCGUCCAGUCUACGGCGGAGGAGGCCAGUGCUCUCUGGACAACCUGCAGACGCUCUGCACAGUCUGCCACAAAGCCAGGACAGCUCAGCAAGCCAAAGAAUGGAGCCAGAGGAGGAAGAGUGCUGCAGCUUCCAAGGUUGCUACAGACAUCAGCAGGUUCUUCAUCAGGAAGUAACACAAAUGAAAGGGGACCUGUUAUACUUCCAUUAGGGAUGAAGCGAUCCAAUACUUGGAUUAGAUAUGCUGAAACUAAAAACUAGAUCAGGUAUCGGUGACAGUGGGCUUAUCUGUUCUAUUCAGGUCUCUUGUGUUUUGUGUUUACUACCCCACACGUCAGCAGCAAUGCACUAGAUUUUAGCAGGAAAGCUAACAGCAAAGGGUCAGCAGUUUGGAAGUAUUUCAUGCCUCCAACGCCACUUUGUCUUUAUAGAGUACCAGUCAAAAGAAAGGGUGAGUGUGUUCAAACCUUUGACUGGUACUGUAUGUUUGCAAUAAUUUGUACUUUAAUUGUUAACUGUGGUCAAGUGAGUUGACAUGACUGAAAAGCUUCUGCAACGAUGGAAGCAUUUGCU